AUGUCGCGAGGUAUUUUAGUCGUGUUGGAAGGGAUAGAUCAGUGCGGAAAAUCGUCCGCGUCUGUCAGUGUAUGUCAGAAACUGAAUUCCGAGGGAAUCAAAAGUGUCACACAACCUUUCCCAGACCGCUCAACCGCCGUCGGUAAGUUAAUCGACGACUUUCUCCAUGGCAAGAACUUACCACAACAAGCAGUCCAUUUACUCUACUCUGCCAAUAGAUGGGAGGUCGCUAAAAUCAUCGAAAAGAAUAUCAACGAGGGUGUAACAGUUGUUUGCGAUCGUUAUGCCUUCAGCGGGAUUGUUUACAGUAUUGCAAAUGGGUUAGACCCCGAGUGGUGCAAAAUCCCGGACUCGGGAUUACCAAAACCCGACAUCGUCUGCUUUUUAGAGCUUUCACUUGAUGAAGCAGAUAGAAGAAGGAAAAGUCUUGUGGCCGACAGAUAUGAAAACGUUGAAUUUCAGAAGAAAGUGAAGAGUGAAUUUGAGAAAAUGAAAAACGAACUCUUGUGGACUAGUGUGGACGCAAACCAAAAUAGAAAAAAAGUUGUGGAAGAUAUCUGCAACAUCAUUAAGAAAAACAUAAAGGAGAUGCAAAGCAACCCGAUUGGCAAAUUAACGUUCAAAUAA